AUGGUGAUGUCGCAACCGAUCAAUCUCAAUGGAAGUUGCACGCCGGGCAAGAGCGUUGUCAUCUCGGGCGUGUCCGGCUCCUUCCCGCGGGCGCGUCACGUCAAAGAAUUAUCAGACAUCUUGUACAACAAGGAGAACCCGAUCUCACACAACGAGCUCCGUUGGGACUACAACCACCCCGAAGUACCGCAGCACGUAGGUCUGAUCCCAGACUUGGACAAGUUUGACGCCCAGUUCUUCAAGGUGUCGUACCGUCUCGGGGUCAACAUGGACCCUAUGUCGAGGACAAUACUUGAACAUACUUACCAGGCUAUUUACGACGCAGGUGUUAAUCCUCAACAAUUGUCUGGCAAAAAAAUCGGCGUUUACAUCGGUAGCUGUUUGUCUGAAACCGAGAAAAUUGGACUGUACACCUACGGAAAAACUGGACUUGGUAUUGUUGGGUGCAACAAAUCAAUGUUCGCCAAUCGGAUCUCGUACUGGCUGAAUAUCAAAGGGCCGUCUCAAGCCAUCGACGGCGGGUGCUGCAGCUCGGCCGUCGCGUUGGAGCAAGCCUGUCAAGCGAUGGCCCACGGGGCCUGCGAUGGGGCCAUUGUUGGUGGAUGCAACCUGUGCUUGCAUCCGCAGACUUCUGUGCACUUUGGCAGAAAUAUAAAAUUAUGCAAAGAUGGUAAAACAAAAUCGUACGACAAAGCAGCGGACGGGUGCGUCAAAUCUGAAGCCAUUAACGUUCUGUUUUUACAGAGAGCUGAAGACGCUUUAAGAAUUUACGCCGAAGUCGUAUCCGCCAAGACAGCAUAUUCAUCUCUGGACAAUACUGGCACUUUCAAGCGGACACCCGAUGAAAUAACAAGAUUUUUAAAGGAGUUUUAUGAUGGAGUAAAAGUAUCGCCUCGGGAUGUCGACUACGUCGAAGGUUUUGGUGCAGCUGACUUGGAAACCGACGAGGCAGAACUGGUGGCGAUAGAUAAUGUAUUUAGCCCGGGUCGCACCGAGCCCCUUUACGUCGGCAGCGUCAUGUCAAACGUGGGCUAUUGUGAGUCCGCGUCGGGUGUAGCGGCCAUUACUAAGGUUCUUCUAGGCUUCCACACUGGUGUUCUAGCAGGUAACCUCCACUACACGCAGCCGCGGGAUGAUGUAGAAGCGUUGCGUGCCGGCCGGCUUAAGAUCCUGAGCGACCACAAGCCCGCAGGCCUCUACGUCGCCGUCAACGGUUUGUCGGUGACUGGCGUCAGCUCACACGUGCUUCUACGAGGAUAUUACUGCGCUAAGGACCUGUCCAAAUAUCGGAGCUCUAUUCCACGAUUGGUUUUGAUUUCGGCUCGUACGGAUUCUGCUGUACAAAAUAUAAUCAAUGAUUUGAAGUCACGGCCUAUAGAUGCUGAAGAGUUGGCGUUGAUUCAGAAUAUACACUCAUCGAAAAUAAAUGGCCAUUUGGGCAAAGGAUUUGCUGUCUUAGAUACAGACAAAGAAUCUAAAACUAUGAGCUUGUGUGAACGAGCUGCAUACUUCGACGGCGGCUCUCGACCGCUGUGGUUCGUGUACAGCGGUAUGGGUUCGCAGUGGACCGGCAUGGGCGCGCAGCUCAUGCGUAUACCUAUCUUCGCUGCUGCAAUUGAACGCUGUCAACGAGCACUGGAACCGAAAGGCAUCGAUAUUGUACACAUCAUAACGUCGCCAGAUGAAUCGAUCUACAAUAACAUUCUUCAUUCAUUCGUGGGUAUUGCUGCCGUCCAAAUUGGCCUGACUGAUAUUCUCUUGCAACUGGGAUUGGUUCCGGAUAAGAUUAUAGGCCACAGCGUGGGUGAGCUGGGAUGCGCCUACGCAGAUGGCUGCUUAACGGCCGAGGAGAUGAUUCUAUCUGCUUACAGCCGAGGUCUCGUCUCCAUCCAAACACCCUUCAUACGGGGCGCUAUGGCCGCCGUUGGUAUCGGGUUUGAACAGGUCUCUACGAUGUGCCCACCAGAGAUCGAAGUGGCCUGCCACAACUCGCCAGAUUCCUGCACGCUCUCCGGCCCCGCGGAUGCUAUGACCCAAUUCGUCGCACAGUUGACCGCUGACGGAAUUUUCGCGAAGGAGGUCCCUUGCUCUAACAUCGCGUAUCAUUCUCGAUACAUCGCCGAAGCGGGACCAGGACUUCUAAAAUACUUGAAAGAAGUAAUCAAAACUCCGAGACUCCGCAGCGAGCGUUGGGUGUCAACCUCGGUACCGCAGGAGAGAUGGGGCGAAGAGAUGGCAAAGUAUUCUUCGGCUGAGUACCAUACUAACAAUCUUCUGAACUCGGUGCUCUUCGAAGAGACAUCGCAGCUGAUCCCUCGCGACGCGGUGCUGGUGGAAGUGGCACCGCACGGGCUGCUGCAGGCCAUUCUCAAGCGCGCCAUGCCGAGCUGCACACACGUGCCCCUCACGCGGCGCAAGCAUCCUGACAACGCGCGCAUGCUACUCGAAGCAAUAGGACAGUUAUUCAUGGAAGGAUAUUAUCCUGACAUACGUCACUUGUAUCCAAAAGUGGAGUUUCCCGUCUCCACGGGCACUCCUCACCUGUCUCCUUUAGUGGAAUGGGUUCACCAGGAGAAAUGGGAUUUGGCGCAGUAUGCCAGUGCAGUGAGGACGUCGGCAGCAACUUGCACUUUCAAGAUAACCCUACAUGAUGACGAGUACGCUUAUCUGCGCGGACAUCGGGUAGGAGGAAAAACGGUAUUCCCGUUCGCCGCUGCGCUAGUAUGCGCAUGGGAUACACUGGCAAUGGUGGCGGGCGUUCCUCGUCGAGUGACGUCCAUCACAUUCAACCAAGUGGAACUUUACUCGCAGCCUAUACUGCACGACUCGCGACUGCUGCGUCUCACCGUCUCACUGCAUCGUGGGACCGGCCGUUUUGAGAUUGACGACGGUAUCACAAAAGUGGCUUCAGGUUAUAUCACGUUGAAGAAAUCUGCUCCAUCAAGCAUUACUGAUAGUGAAGAAGAUUCAAAGGAAGACAUUAAAUUUGGAAAGAAGGAAAUUUAUCAAAUUUUGAAUGAGAAAGGUCACAUGUACCGGGACGAAUUUCAAGGCAUACGCGAAGCAAACGCAUCCAUCACGGACGGUCUCGUGACCUGGACGGGGCGUUGGGAAUCAUUUCUCGACACAAUUCUCCAGUUUAACGCGCUUCAGGAGUACGCGCUCCAGGACUACGCGCUCAGCCACGACGCACGCGACGAGCGCGUACAGCCGUCCUUUAUACGCGAGAUCAGUAUCAACACAGACCUCGCUAAAACAGUACAAGUGGACACUGAUUUAAAGGUUACAAUUAAUAGGAUACAUGACUAUACGAGAUGUGGCGCUGUUACGUUUAAAGGCAUCAAGUUUAAUCGCAUUGCCAAAUCGGGCCAACGUUCUCUUGUGUUCGAUACAAAGUUAGAGCCGAGGUUACGAGUCGGAAGUGAAUUAAAUGGUGCAGAAACUGUAAACGGAAAAGUGCUGGAAAAUGGGAAAGCGCUGAAAAAUGGAAACAAUUCGGAGAAUGGGAAUUUCUUGGGACAUGGAGACGUUGAAAAUUUCCAUUCUUUGCAAUUUGUGGACGCUGCCGCGUUACAAGAUGACAGCAUCUCAGUAAAGGUGCACUUCGCUGGUCUGAACACUAGAGAUCUUCAAACAAAAGGACUGCUUAAAGAUAAUACCAGUGAAGUUGGUUAUGGAAUGGAUUUCAGUGGAAUCGACAAAAACGGGUCUCGAGUGAUGGGCCUGCUUCCCGGCGGCGCGUCGCGCCCGUCAGUGCGCGUACGGCGGGAGCUCCUAUGGCCGGUGCCGGCGCACUGGAGUCUCGAGGACGCCGCCACCGUGCCAUUUGCCUACGCACACGCGCUCUACUGCCUCGCCAUCAGAACGCCGCUGGCGCCGCAGUCGACGGUGCUGGUCGGGCGCGGCGGGGGCGCCACAGGGCUCGCCAUCAUAGCGCUGGCGCUGCACUGCAACUGCCGCUUGUUUGUCGUCGUCGGCGGUGUCGACAAAAAGCGGGUUUUGCUGAAAAUAUUCCCGAAACUUAACGCUGAUGACAUCAUAUGCUGCCGAAACGACAACUUUGUGGAGCGUGUGAUGCCAGCUACCAAUGGACGAGGUUGUGACUAUGUCAUAUGUGGGAGAGGGGAUUACAAGGAUAAAAUCCAAUACAUGUUGGCGGAAGGCAUCAGGGGCGGCUGGGUGCGUCCGCUGCCGCGCGUAACUUACGCCGCUCACGAGCCGGCGCGCGCGCUGCGUAUGCUCGCGAGCGGCGCGCGAGGCCGCGUGCUCCUGCGCGUGCACGACAUCGAGGCGCAGCCUGAGGCCAGCCUGCGUUGCGGAGGAUGUCAGCUACUGGUGUCCGACGAUGAAGGCUUAGCCCUGCGCCUCGCCGGGCGCCUUCUGCGACGCGGUGCGCGCGCGCUCCACUUCCACCUGCCCCGCUACUCGUAUCGCCUCAACCUUGCUAUGCAAUGCUGGCGAAAGGCAGGCGUAAAUGUUGUAACAUCGUCAGAAGACCUGGCACAGAAGGAGUGUGCAUCAAAUCUGCUGAAACAAAGCUUAACCUUGGGUCCGGAUCAAGUUGACAUUACGGAGAUAUUGCCAGCGAGUUACGACGACAUAGUUGAUGCAACGGAGCAGGCUUUGCAGUCACAGAAGCCUGUUGUAUUUGCUCGUUACUCUCCGGAGCGCCAAGACUCCCUGUUACAACAAAUAGAAGAAAUUGCUGGUAUCAUCAUAUCAGAGAAUACAAUCGACGGGCAAACAUUGCUAGAUUUGGGCUUAGCCGUUGAUAAAGUGCGAGUGUUAUGGUCAUACUUAAAAGACAAGCUAAAUAUUACCAUCUCUGAAGAAGACAUAUCAUUGCUGACUGUCAGAAAGAUACGAGAAAUUGAGAGAAAUUUCAAGGAAUCAGAUCUCGCAUGUGUACAAGGCUUGAGUGUUUUCUUCCCGUUCGUUGAUUCUGACGAGCUGUAUGCCACGAUAGACGACGUAAUGAUGCCUACCCUUACGCAGAGCAGCGAUAUGCGAGACGACGAGUUCGAUGCAUCGGUAGCUUGUCUAUACAUAGUACCAGGACUACAAGGCCUUCACCAGCGGUACAGCACACUAUGCGAGCGCCUACAACUAGCGGCCGUCGUGCUGCAGCCCGGACUCGACGGGCCUAAUGAGUCUCUACAGGAAACCACGGCGAGAUAUGUCAAGACAUUCCUAAAGAAAAAAGCCGCCACAAAUCAAUUUUACUUGUUGGGUCACGAGAUAGGGGUACUGUCAGCACUGGAGAUGGCUGCCGCACUAGAAGAUCUCGGCAUGACAGGCACAGUGUUCUGCCUGGGCGGCGGUCCAGACGAGUUCGUGGCCGAGCUGGAGCGGCAGCUGCGCGUAGCAUGCAGCGACGACAAGGAGGCGACACUGCAGGAGGAAGUAGCGCGACAUAUGUGCGCGCUCAUGGGCGUCGCGUCGCCGCAGCUCGACGACGCGUUGCGCGACGCGCAAACGUGGCCACUGAAGGUGGAAGCAAGCGUGCGCGCGCUACGCGGGCGCGUAACUUACUCCAUGCAGUAUGCGCGAUUGCUCAUAGAGGCAGCAUACGCGCGCGUGACUGUAGCGCUGCGACGCGCGCCGCCCGCGCCCCGCGCGCUGCGCUCGCGCGUGGUGCUGCUCCGCUCGCCCGGCGCCGGCGCCGGCGCGCCGUCCGCGCUGAGCCUGCAGCGCUACUCGAGGGAGCCUCUGGUUGUGCACGAUCUGUGCGCGCCAUUACCUCACGCGGCGGACGACCUCCGUGCCGCCGCCAUUAUCAACCGCUAUCUUGACGAAGAAACGAAGCAAUACUUCGUUAACAAAAAUCUCUGUCACACGUAUUUGCUAAAUCGUGAUUGUUUCUUUGAAGCGAACUAA